GACUUUAAAUCAAUUCCAUUGUUAGACUAUCUUGCAUAUGGAAAUGACAAUUAAUAAGAAGCCUAACACAAUUACAACAACUAUCAUACAGUAUUUUUCUGUUCCUUAGUCUUCUACUUCAAUAAAGACUAGAUCACAAACCAAAACGAUGAAUCCCGAAAAAUGGGUCUUCAAUUUACUGCUUCCAUUUCUUUUCAUCAGAUUUUGCACUUCCAUUGACACCUUAACUCCAACCCAAUUCAUCAAGGACGGCGAUGUUUUGGUAUCCAGUGGUGAAACCUUCGCACUUGGGUUUUUCGGUCCGGAAAAUUCCAGUCACAGGUAUGUUGGAAUAUGGUAUAACAAGAUUUCAGAACAAACUGUCAUUUGGGUGGCCAAUAGGGAUAGACCAAUCAAUGGUACCUCCGGGGUUCUAUCCCUCAACAGGGAUGGAAACCUUGUCAUCUACGACAAUACCCGAAAUUCUACCGUUUGGCAGACAAAUGCAUCAGCAGUUUCUUAUUUAGCUCGACUCUUGGAUUCGGGGAAUUUGGUGUUGUUCCAAGGAGAUAGGGGGAGUGGUGGUGUUGUUUGGCAAAGUUUUGAUCAACCUACGAAUACCCUGUUGCCAACCAUGAAGCUUGGGUUGGAUAGGAGGACCGGUCUUGAAUGGUUUCUCACAUCGUGGAAGUCGAGAGACGACCCUGGUACAGGAGAGUACUCCUAUCGGGUCGAACUGAAUGAGCUUCCCCAGUUGAUACUAUUCAAGGGCUCAACCCGAGUCUGGCGGAUACCCUCAUGGUUAAAACCCGGUAGGAAUGACGAGGCUGAGGCCACGGCAAAUUCCAUACUCAAUGCAACUUACGUGAACAAUCGCGACCAAGUCUAUGCGUUUUACACCCCGAUCAAUGCGUCAACCCUGUUGACAACGUUCGUGGAUGAAUUGGGUUCUUUAAAAAUACUGACAUGGAUCGGCAAAUGGGUCGAGUUCUAUUCGGUCCCUGGAGACCAAUGCGCUACUUACGGCCGGUGUGGUGCUUAUGGGUACUGCGACUCAACCAACAGGCAAGAUUUUGAGUGUACGUGUCUUCCGGGAUACGAGCCCAGGUCGGCAGAGGAGUGGUACCUACGGGAUGCGUCGGGCGGGUGCAUCAAGGAGCGCAAGGCACUUUCCAUGUGUGGAAACGGAGAAGGUUUUGUCAAGGUUGUGAACGCAAUUAAUCCGGAUACAUACAAGGCACGUUUGUUGAUGAGCCUAAGCGUGCAUGAGUGCAAGGAUGAGUGCUUGAGAAACUGUUCUUGCUUGGCUUACGCUAGCGAAGCAGAAGGAGGAGAGAGAGCGAAUUGCAUCACUUGGUAUGAAAAUUUGAUGGAUGUGAGAAAAUCCAUGAGAACGUUCCCAAGAAGAAGCGGACUAGACUUGCAUGUACGGGUUGAUGCGGUUGAAUUAGCUCAAAGUAUGAAAUCCAGGAGAAUAAAGCAAAAAAAGGUUGCUGUUGUGGUGGCAUCAGUUGUCUUAACAUCACUCCUAUUUAUCAUCUUAGUUUGUUGGUUGCAGAUGAAGAAGCGAAGAAGAGGAUAG